AUGCACUCGCUGCCCGUUAACAUGGCCAGUAGCUCCAAGGAGCGGCGAUUGCUGCGCACGCCCAAAUGUGCGCGCUGUCGCAAUCAUGGCGUCAUCUCGUGCGUCAAGGGCCACAAGAAGCUGUGCCGCUGGCGCGAAUGCUGUUGCCCCAACUGCCAGCUGGUCGUCGAUCGGCAGCGCGUCAUGGCCGCCCAGGUGGCACUGCGACGCCAACAAACCAUGGAGGCGCUGGAGGCGCAUGCCGCCGAGCCGCAGACAAUACCAAGCGAUGAGGAGCCGACGCCGACGCCACCGCUGACCCAGUCGCUGCCGAACAUAGCUGUUGGCUCCACACUGACCACGCCCACCAAAUACAGCGCCAUGGCCGCCAACACGCUGCGCACACGCCAGGCCCUGAUCGCCCAGAAGCGCAUCUACAAGCAGCGGCUGCGCAAUCUGCAACAGUCCACAUUGCACAUUACCGCGGCGAUGGAAGAGUACAAGCAGCGCUUUCCCACGUUCAAUUCACCGUUGCUGGAACGCAUGCGCAAGCGACGCGCGUUCGCUGACCCGGAACUGAACUAUGCAAUGGAUACAACGCUACUUGGCAGCUCCGCCUGUGGCGGGCAAGCGGCUCCUUUGGCAACGCCGCCAACAGCAAUCGGCAACGCCUUUUAUGAUCUAUUGGGCAAUGCCGCCGCCGCGGCAGCAGCAGCAGCAGCAGCAACGCCCACGCCGACGCCCAGCGUCAAGAAGCCCAAGCUGAGUUUUUCAAUUGAGUCGAUAAUUGGCAUCAGCACGUAG